AUGGAUGCAGCUAGUUGUGGGCCAUCAAGUGCCAUUCAAAACUUGAAUAAGCAUACUCAAAGAGAUACCUCAUUACAGCAUCAAAGACUAGGCAACCAAUCACAACCACAAGGUGUACAUCAAUUUCGUCAAGGUCAAGGUGUGGAUCAACAGUUAAAUCAGGAGUUUCACAGGUUUAACAACGGUGGCACCGGCCAUGAAUUUGCCGCCCUGUUUAUGGAACAGAAUAGACCACAGUUUCAACCUCAACACCACCCUUCACAACCACAAGUCCAACAUGGCUGGGUGAAUGACUUUUCGAGUUUGAGUAUUGACCAAAGACAACAGCCACAAGUCAACAGCAACUGGCUGAAGCAAUUUAUGCAAAACGGGGCACCACAGCAGCAACAACAACAGUAUCAACAACCAAUGAUGCAUGGGCAAGUUCCAAACUAUUCAUUAGGCACGUUUCAAAACCGUUUAAAUAUGAAUGCCGUUAACGUUGUGCCCCAGUUCUCUCAACAAACAGAGCAUCAGCAAGUGCAUAAAUUGGAAGCUCAACACGAGGAGAUUUUGGAGAAUGAGUUUGACCGUCUAGAAAAAGAAUUGAAUGUGCGAGAAACACAAGCAAGUGAGGCAGACUUGACAGAAUCUGUGGAUAAGGCUUUGGAGGAUCACGAUAGAGAUUUGUUUGCUGAAACAGCACGGUCGGUAGAGAACUCAAUGAAUAGAUUGAACACUGAUGAUGCUGCCAUGGCGGAAAAAUUCAAGGAGUCCAAUUUCUUGAAUUUGAUGCAUUCAAUAGCUAAUAAGGAGACUGUUCUAGAAAACAACGAGCUAAAGUCACAGGAGAAUGCCUCGGCAGAUGCGGAGACAACAGCUCAAGAAGAUUCAGGGGUACCACGCAAUGUGGAUUAUAUUCAACCAAUGCAUCACCCCCACGAACAAAGGAAUCAAAUCAACUCAAUGCAGUUUAAUACCGACGAUUUUUCUGAUGAAACCAUUCUAAAUCACCCUUUACCACCACAAGCAAUACCACAGAAACAGAAGAAGAGGUUACAACGAGAACAACCACAACAAGAGCAAUCUAACAAGCUCCCUGAUCCUCUUGCGCACAUUGGUGAUCAAUUAGAAGGUGUGACUGAUCCCUUAACGGCAGCCAGGAUUAUUAGCGGUGGACAAGUGAGAAGCAAAGACUGGGAAGAUGAAUAUGAUUGGUUGUAUGAGGACAUUUCUUGGAGAAAGGGACAAGUUGUUGGCGAACAAAGAGAUGAAAGAUACAAUAGUAGAGGUGAUGACAGUAUGGAUGUACGCUUUGCUCAUAGAUAA